AUGUCCCAGCCCAUCUCAUUCACCGUCAGACCACCGGUUUCCGCUUCCUACCGACCUUCGCCAUUGGGCAAUGGUUCUUCGAGGGGUGCACCUUCUAGGAGGUUGUUCGAGCAGAAUGGGCAUGACGAAGAGAGUGAUGAGGAGGACUAUCAAAGCGGAAGUCGGGUAUCAAGCAAACCGAGGGAUGAGAAGAUAGAAGGCUUUGGGAACGGUAAAGCAUUAGGUGGUGAGAAACCUUCUGGACCAUUGGUCAUACCUCCUCUACCCAAUAAGGACUGGCGAGCACACUCAUCUUCCAGCAGAGUACCUUCUUACCGACCCGAAGCUAGAGAUCCUAAUGAAGAGGUUGAAACUCACGAGAGAACGGGUGAUGGUCCUCAGAAAUCCGGUCUAAGGAAUGUAGCCAGACCAAUCAAGAGUGAACCGAUAGAACAAGAUGUCGAUAUCAAACCUGAUAUCAAAUCAGAACCAGAACUAGGAUCAAUCUCCGGAGUUGAGAUGAAAAGUGAACCCUUAUCCUUGGAAGAACAAGCUUUGCAAGCGAUCUUAAAAGGAGAAGUAAAGAUGGAGAGUGAAGAAGAACGAUUACGGCGAGAAUUAGUCAUUGGUGGACCAAACCCCCUGACAGAAGAAGAAGCUUUGAAAAGAGAUAUAGAGGAACUACCCGAAAUGUCAACAGCAGAAGAUUAUGCUGCCAUACCAGUAUCAGCCUUUGGAGAAGCCAUGGCUAGAGGGAUGGGAUGGAAUCCCAAUUCAAGCGAUGGUACGAAAAUUCACGAACCGAAAUUACGUCCUGCUCUCUUGGGUCUAGGUGCUACUGCCUUGGUACAAAAACCCCCACCACCCAGUAGGAACGGUAGUUCCUCGUCGAAGAAACCACAGGUCACCAAGAGGGAUAGUAUGAAGUAUAACCUGGGCGAUUCGCUGAUUAAGAAAGAAAGGAAUGGAGAAAAUGGAUCUUCGGGAGUUAGCACGCCGGUUAAUGGAAGUAGUAGACGAACUAGUCCAGAGUCGGAUGGUAGUUAUGCGAAGAGAAGGAGGGACGAUGAUUAUGAUAGGGAUGAUAAUAGUACGAGGUAUGAAACGGAUGAGGAAAGAGCGAGAAGGAAAGCCAAAGAGAGAGAGCGAGAGUAUGAGACUGAUGAAGAGAGGGCAAGGAGAAAGGCGAAAGAGAGGGAAAGGGAUUACGAGACUGAGGAAGAGAGGGCCCAGAGGAAGGCUAAGGAAAGGGAAAGAAGGGAAAGAUACGAUAGUGAUCGUGAGAGAGAUGACAAGGGUGAUAGAAGGUAUAGGGAUGAUAGGGAUCGAAGGGAUCGAGAUUAUGGAAAUAGACGAGACAGGGAUAGGGAUGAUAGGAACAGGAGAGAUAAAUACGAUAGGGAUGGGGAUAGAAGACGUGAUCGAUAG